AUGGACUCAUCAAUGACGAACGUCAGCCAGAUACGGUGCGACGCUAUUCUUGUUGAGCGAGACAGAGCACCAAGUCUGCAUCUACCCCAUCUAUACUUGGAAGACAUCAGAAAGAAGGCCGAGAGUAAUGAUCUGGGGAGUAGUGAUGUUCUCGCUUGGCUGUGGGCUACCAUCGCCUGCCCGGUUCUGACCGCCCUCGGGUUUGUUCAGCCUCCUUCGACUUACAAGAACUUGCCACGCAUGUGGUGGGUCCCAACCGGCCCGCUGAGCAGAUUCGCGCUCCACGCAGCUUAUUACCACGGCAAGCGGUCCUAUGAGACGGUAUCGAUAGGACAAGGGAUAUUCGCAACUCGAUGUCCCUCAAGAACAUCGAUCUCCAAACGCCAAGACGUACUGUGGAAUCUGCCUGACUGCAGAGUGUUCCAUUUCGCUGGCCACGCCCACGCCGAUGACCAGAACCCACCCAACAGCCAGCUACGCCUGCACGACUGGAAAGACAACCCCCUCCGCAUGCCAGACCUUCUCGACCUCAACCUCAAUGCUCACGCGCCAUUUCUUGCGUACCUCUCGGCCUGUGAGACCGGCCGAAUCAGGAAUGACUUAUUUCUCGACGAGUGCACACAUCUGAUCAACGCAGUCCAGCUCGCGGGCUUCCGGCACGUCAUCGGUACUUGGCCCCAAGACAUGCUGUAA